AGGGGAGGAGGAGAAGAGGAGGAAAAGAUGCUGCUUGUUGGCUGGUGGUGAUAGGAGACCCUCUUGCCUUCUUUUCAAAGCAGUGUUUGAUCUGUCUGGAGGGUGCAUGUUUGGCUGCCAGUGCACCAAGGAGAAGGGGACUAUGAAAAUGAUCCGCUUGAGGACUGCUAGUAUGAGAUCCUUAAAUUUGGAGAUGAAAUGCACCGUCCGUCUGCUGGAUGAUUCCGAAAUCUCCUGCAGUAUUCAGAGGGAUACCAAAGGCCAGUUUCUCAUAGACCACAUCUGCAAUCAUUACAGCUUGCUUGAAAAGGAUUAUUUUGGAAUCCGCUUUGUUGACCCAGAGAAACAGCGGCACUGGCUCGAUCCCAACAAGCCCAUUGCCAAGCAAAUGAAAUCUCAUCCACCAUACACCAUGUGCUUUAGAGUGAAAUUCUACCCUCACGAACCUUUGAAGAUUAAAGAAGAGCUCACCAGGUACCUUCUAUAUUUGCAAGUAAAGCGGGAUAUUUUCCACGGCCGUCUGCUCUGCUCUUUUGCGGAUGCUGCAUUCCUGGGUGCCUGUAUUAUUCAAGCUGAAAUUGGAGAUUAUGAUCCUGAUGAGCAUCCUGACAAUUACAUCUGCGACUUCAAGAUAUUCCCAAAACAAUCACAGAAGCUUGAAAGAAAAAUAAUGGACAUUCAUAAAAGUGAACUCAGAGGUCAGAGCCCAGCUGUUGCCGAAUUUAAUUUGUUGUUGAAAGCACAUUCCCUGGAAACCUAUGGCGUGGAUCCUCAUCCUUGCAAGGAUUCUACUGGGACCACAACAUUUCUUGGAUAUACCGCCGCAGGUUUUGUUGUUUUCCAGGGUAACAAGAGAGUGCAUCUUAUAAAAUGGCCGGAUAUCUGUAAAUUGAAGUUUGAUGGGAAGACAUUUUAUGUUGUUGUAUUGCAGAAGGAGAAAAAAAACGUUUUAACCUUUCACACCUCGACACCAGCGGCCUGUAAGCACUUGUGGAAAUGUGGCGUGGAGAACCAAGCCUUUUACAAAUAUGCAAAAUCAAGUCAAGUGAAGACAAUGACCAGCAGCAAUAUAUUUUUUAAAGGGAGUCGAUUCCGGUAUUGUGGAAAAGUUGCGAAAGAGGUUGUAGAUGCAAGCUGCAAAAUUCAGAGGGACCCUCCGGAAGUACAUAGAUCUCUCAUACCCCACAGUCGCAGUUCGUAUUCCUUAAACAAGCAGCUUAUAAUCAACAUGGAGCCCCUCCAGCCAUUAAUUCCAUCACCGAAUGAAGAAGAGGAAGACCAUGCACAACCAGAUGAAGGUGUCGUGAUCUCACAGACAAACGAUGCCAACUCUCUCCCAGUUCCUGGCAACUCUCCUGCCAGAGAAUUAGAGGCAGCAACAGACAUCGAAAUCGAUGAGGAAGAGAGUAUAAAAGAGGAGCCACUAACAAUAUCAGAGCAGGUGUAUAACCCCAGUGCUAGCUUGUUGCCCACCCCAAUAGAUGAGGGGGUUGAAAUGCUCUUUAACAGUCCCGUUAGGGCAGAACAUGACAGAGAUGACAUUGAUUCAUUUGAGGAAUUAGAGGCAGAUGAACAUGCGUUUCUGAUUGCAGAGGAGGAAGAAAUGAAAGAAGCCAGGAAAGCACUGAGCUGGAGCUACAAUGUUCUAAUGGGGAACAUGCAGCUGAACGCAUUCCUGAAGAGUUUCUCCAGACUGAUCCUGGUGGCUUUGGGCCUGCUGAUGGUGGUUCUCCCACUGCUCCUCAUUCUGCUGGAGUCCAACAUUGACAUUUCUUUCCUCCAUGAAAUACGUCAGACACCAGAGUUUGAGCAGUUCCAUAACGAGUACUACUGCCCUUUGCGGAAGUGGAUUGCGUGUAAAGUUAGUGCAGCACUGCAUCUCCUCAGCAGUUCAUAAAAAGUGACUAUGUCAAAUGACUGAAGGGUUAUAUUCAUUGUUUUUUGUUUCUCACUAUACCAUAAAUAUCACAAAUAAAAACUAAUCUACGAAGUAUAGGGCAGUUACCCCUUGGAAUAUAUAUAUAUAUAUAAUGUUAUAUUUUUCACUAAACCAGUAAGGGAAAUUUUACCAAAAACAAGUGUGCAAUGUAAAAUUCUUAAUCUUAUUCUUUUUUUGCUAUUUUUCCUGUAUAUUAGACAAUUAUGUAAAUAUUUUAGCUGUGGAUAUUCUGUUGAAGUGGAAUUAACUGCACAUAGCAUAUUUAAAGAAUAGUCCUUGCCCAGACUGGAAAAGUUAUUUUAAAUAUAAACCUCAGUGCAAUAUCCCUUAACUGCUGGGUAAUAUCAAGAAAAAGAAAGUGUGUGCAGGUGUCCCAUGCAGUAGAAGGGUUAAUCGAGACCUAUACAAGCAACAUUUUUUGCUGUUCUUAUUUUUCUUAACUUUUUACGUGUUUAAAUAUUUUGGUAAAUUUGUAGCAAACAGAUAAGUCUUCUUAACUUAUGAAAUUGUACAGACCUAAAAGAUAAAUGCACAAAAAGCAUGUUGAGAUUAUUGUUAUUUUCUAUGUAUGGCAAUAUCUUAUUUUCUGAUCUUUUUUUCUUUGUAAUAAGUUGUCCUGUUUUCAGGAAAUAAAUGGUAUAUUUGUACGUUAGAGAAUUUACAUGACUAGUAAAGAAAAUGGAAGAAAAAAA